UUUGUCAUAGUAAAGGAAACGAGGACAGGGUACCAAACGUAUUUAUUUACCGUGAGGUCGCACGUGUCGAUCGUAACUUAUUUUGUUUAAUUAAAGAGGAGAAGUUUUCUUGUUUUUAUGAGUAUGGGCAAGAGAAAACGACAUGUUGCAGACGAAAAUAGUGCUGUUCAGGGGCAGAAGAUUGACGAACCCAGUGAAGUCAUGAAUGACGAGGUGGCAAAGCAAAAUCAUAAAAAGAAAAAGAAAAAGCGUGAUAAAGUUGAUAAAAAUGCUUCUCACGGAUAUGUGGACGCAACAGGCUGUGUUCUGAAAAUGGUAGAAAGCCCAAAAAAGAAACAUAAGAGGUCACAUGAUAAGCUGAAUGGAGAGGAUGCUAGUGCAGAAAUUCUGGAAAGCAAAGUUGAAGAUGUCAAAAAUGCCAAGAAGAAGAAGAAACAUAAGUACAGAGAUAAGGUUGAAACACCAGAGCCGGCUAUCCAAAACAAUGACCACUCUCUGGAUAAUGAAGAAUGUCACAGGAAGACAAAGAAAAAACAUAAAACAGAGUUAACACAAGAGGAAGUACCUGACGUAAAUUCUGAAGACAGUAAAGGUUCCAAAAAGAAGAAGCGGAAACAUAGAGAAAAGACUGAGGAAUCCACUUUCAAUAAAGACAUAGACAAAGUUCAGUUUCAAGAAAUGGUGGUCACUCCAAAGAAGAAAAAGAAGAGGAAACACGAAAAGAUUGAGGAAAUCACACUCAGUGAAGACAUAGAGGAAGUUCAGCUUGGAGAAACAAUAGUCAUUCCAAAGAAGAAAAAGAAAAAGAGGAAACAUGAUAAGACUGAGGAAACGACUGCUAACGAAGAUGCAGACCAACUUCAACAUGAAGAAAAGGUGGCGGUUCCAAAAAAGAAAAAGAAGAGGAAACACAAUAAGGCGAGAUUUUUGAUGCAGGAUGACAGCCCAUUAGAUGAGAAAAAUGAAAAUGUGACAGUGGAGAAGUUGUCUGGAGAUGAAGAUGCUAUCGAUAUGCCUGAAGAGAGGAGCAAAGAUGGCAAGGAGGCAAAGGUAGAAGUCGAUGAUGAAACCAGACAGACGCUGAAACAAGACUGGCAGGACAAGACAUCGCUGAAGAAACUCAGAAUGCAACAGCCCAAGAUGUUUCUCAUCGACAACUUCACCAAUGAUGAAGACCCAAAGAUGACGUUCAAACCAGUUGAAGUACAAGACCUACAAGAUCUGAUUCAGUAUUCAGUGAUGGGCAAUGCUGCCAACACCAACAAAGUCAGGUUCUGCAAGUUGGUGAGACCAGUACUAAUAUCCAAAGUAGCUGUCAUUUUCUUGAAUGGAGUCACAGAUGAACACUUCCAGAAGAACAGAGAAUGCUUCUCCCAUCUCAAUGAAAACUACGACGUGACUGGACAGAUUCUCCGCCUCCCAUCCCAGCAGCAGGAGUCAUUUCUUAAUCAAAUUCUCAACAUCGAAAUCAGUAAAAAGCAGCUGAAGAAAAGAGCCUACUUUGCUAGAAUUCAAGGCGUUCCGUCUGGGCAGUCAAGCACAGGUGGCCCACCCAAGACCACGCCUUUACCAGCCAGGACCGCGCCCUUACGAGCUAGGACCCCACCCUCUGCCACACCCCGCCGCACCCACUACCUACUAAGUGAUGAUGAGAAGGAUAUGUGGAGGUACCCCCAGGCAGAUGACCCAGGGUAUACCCACACCAAACACAGUGAUACAGUGGGUGAUAAGAGCCCCAUCAUCAGUGUGGAUUGCGAAAUGUGUGUGACGAAGAAAGGCAGUGAGCUAACUCGAGUAUCGUUGGUGGAUGAGAAACACCAUGUAUUGUACAAUAGCCUGGUCAAGCCACACAACCCAAUCAUUGACUAUGUCACAAGGUAUAGUGGCAUCACCAAGCAACUACUAGAUCCAGUCACAGUCAGACUUGAAGACGUACAGAGAGAUAUCAUAGCCCUUCUUCCAUCAGAUGCCAUCUUGGUAGGACAGUCUCUGGAAAAUGACCUCAGGGCAUUAAAGUUGUAUCAUCCUCACGUUAUAGACACUAGUAACCUGUUCACAGGCAGCUACAGAGUAGCACUACGCAAACUGGCAUGGAAAUACCUAGGCGUAACAAUCCAGGAGCAAGAAACUGGCCAUGACUCGGUAGAAGACGCCAUAGUGGCACUGAAACUCCUGCAACUGAAGAUGGAGAAAUGGAGUAGCUUAGAGAAGUACACAAGCAAUGGAAGCAAAAAGCAAGGCACAGAGAUUAUCCCUACAGAAAGCAUGUUCAGGUGCGCCCAGUCCUUAGGUAGAGUCAGCAUGUUAAUAGACAGCCUGUCUGUGGCCAAACAGUUCAUGAAGGAUCCAGUGGGCGCCAUACCAUGUCAGAAUGAUUCAGAGGCGUUAAAGAAAACAGUCCAGUCAGUUCCGUAUUCGGACUUCGUCUGUGUUCAGUUUUACAACUUCUCCAAACUGAUGCAAGGGAUUUCACUGGAGGGAGAUGUCGUCAAGGAAACACUCAAACAACUGGACCAAAGAAUCAAGAAGAUCUACAAGACGCUGCCCUUAAAUAGUUUCUUCCUUGUCAUCAUGGCAACGGAUCAAAACAAUUCCAGCAAAAAAGGGAGUGUCGUCAAGGAAUUGCUGGCCCAUGGAAGGUUCUUCACGGGGUUAAAGGUCAAAUAUUGAGGAUUCAGACUUGGAAUUAAAAAUGGCCGAAGUUCUGCGGAAGACUGGAGACCUGUUCUGAGGACAGGUAUCAGCCUCUCAGCUUCAGAGAUUUCAUUGGUUGGUGUACGCUGCGUUGAUUCUUCCUUCACUGUAGACUGGUUCGCCUACCCUACAAAAACACACAAGUGCAGCAACCUGUACCUUUGUGUGUGAGUGCUAAUAUUGAAAGUUCAUAAGAGCAAAAAGCUGGUUUUAAAUUAUGGACGAUCUCUGACUUUAUAUUCAAGAUCAAGUCAGAAUUCAGACCAGCUUCUAAGUUUGAGCAAGUAGGAUCAGGGACCAUUGCUUAAUACUUGUUGACCUGUUUUGCAACGUUAUGUGCCCCUUUGCACUAUUGUAGUGCGAACAUCUCUCAUCAUGUUUGAACAUCAUCACAAAACAUCUUUGUCCUACCUUCCCGGUAUACAUUGUUAUACAUGCACACAGAGGCGGCGAAACUGGGGGGGGGGGGGGGACACCCAAAAAUGUUUCAAAUCUUACCAUGAUCACAUUUCCAAGAGAGAAAAAAAAAUAAAAAGUGAGUCAAUUCCAUUAACAGGACUUGGGGAUCCUUUCUUUUAAGUUGCAAACAAAGGAAAACAACAUCUUUUUAUCCAUUUUAUCACGUUUUUAAUUCUUUAUUAGUAAUAAAAACAGUACACCCUCCUUAGAAUAUCACCACUUCUGAAUGUACUCUAAAUUCUCCAUACUUAUGCAUGUACAAAAUUGAUUACCACAUUACAUACGAAAAGCUGUGAGUUGAAAAGUUACAUACUGUACAAUCUACUUUGGGAGAAUUUGAGACAAAACAAGAACGAUUUUAUUUCUGUGUAAAUUUGAGUGGUGCUAUUAAUUAUUGCUUAAACUAAAAAGACUAGCACAAAUUAUUGUGAAUUUCCAUGAUGAAGGGAAGCUAUACAGUUGGAAAAAUUAAGAAGGUUUCUCAUCCAGAGUUCAAAAUCCUUUUUUUUUUUCAAGAGGAAUGUUUAAGUCGGUUUUCAUUUGUUGGACUUGCUUUUACAUUUUUAAAGAUAUUUCCACAGAAAAUCAUUACAGGUGUUGUUCUUUUCUGACAACAUGGAUUGAGCAGAUGUCAGCUUCAAUAAUUGUUAAUUUUGUGAUGAAGGGUGCUAAAAUUUCUUUCUUGUAGUUUGUUUGACUUUUCUCUGAAAUCUACAGGCAUGACAUUUUGUUGCUGAUGAGCUGCCAUCUUUGUUCGAUUCCCAUGGUUAGUAGCAAAAAUCCACAAGCAGUGAUCACCAUGGCUCGGGCGCCAGCCUAAUUGCCAUCAAGAUGUAUCUGUGAGACUUUUUCUUCAAAUUUGUGAAAGAAAAUUGCCUUGUUUGAAAACUUGACUAUACAUCACCAAGAGAUGAUGAACAAAAGAAAAAACAUUUUAAGGUGCAAAUAUUGAACUUUAAAAAUCAUACAAUAACCAGCUAUUUCUCUGUGAAUAAUUAAAAAACAAUAUUGCUAUCUUCAAA